AUGUCUGGAGCGGAGGAGCUGUGGGAGAGGUUAGUGCGCGCUGCGCUAAGGAGUGAGCGCACUCGUGCUGGUGCAUUUGCUGGGGCUGUUACGGGAAUUGCUGGCAAUGUCCCUUCUUCGCUUGAAAACAACAGGGAUAUAGAUUCCAUUCUUAGAGCUGCUGACGAGAUCGAAGAUGAAGAUCCAAACGUCUCGAGAAUUCUUUGUGAGCAUGCUUAUUCACAAGCUCAAAAUCUGGACCCUAAUAGCGAGGGAAGAGGAGUGCUGCAGUUCAAAACUGGUCUGAUGUCAGUUAUUAAGCAAAAACUUGCAAAGAGAGAGGUUGGAAUGAUAGACAGAGGGCAAGACAUUGCACGCUUACAGGAAUUCUACAAGCUAUACAGAGAGCGGAACAGAGUAGACACUUUAAAGGAGGAGGAAAAGAAACUGCGGGAAUCUGGUGUUUUCAGUGGAAAUCUUGGCGAGUUGGAGCGCAAAACUGUUAAACGGAAAAGAGUAUUUGCAACCCUAAAAGUUUUGGGGUUAGUUCUUCAGCAGUUGACUAAGGAUAUGCCUGAAGAGAUGACUAGGAUGAUUGAGUCAGAUGCAGCCAUGACAGAGGACCUGAUUGCUUACAAUAUCAUUCCUCUCGAUCUUCAAACUAUAACAAACGCUGUAGUGUCUUUCCCAGAGGUUCAAGCAGCUGUGUUGUCCUUAAAAUAUUUCCAAGGUCUGCCAAGUUUGCCUGCUGAUUUUCCUAUUCCAUCCACAAGAGCUGCUGAUAUGUUUGAUUUUCUGCACUAUGUUUUUGGGUUCCAGAAAGAUAAUGUCUCUAACCAGCGAGAGAACAUAGUUCACCUCCUUGCAAAUGAACAAUCGCGACUUGGUAUACCUGAUGCAAGUGAACCAAAAUUAGACGAGGCUGCUGUACAAAAUGUAUUUAUGAAGUCACUUGGAAAUUACAUAAGUUGGUGCAGCUACCUGUGCAUUCAGCCUGUUUGGAGCAAUUUGGAGGCUUUGAGCAAGGACAAGAAACUGCUAUUUGUUUCCUUGUACUUCCUUGUAUGGGGUGAGGCAGCCAAUGUCAGAUUCCUUCCAGAAUGCUUAUGCUACAUAUUUCAUCAUAUGGCCCGAGAAAUGGAUGAGAUCUUAAGGCAGCGAAAUGCCCAGCCGGCAAAUAGUUGCAGUUCUGAGGAUGGUGCCCAUGUAUCAUUCCUUGAUCAAGUUAUUGCCCCAGUAUAUGACGUGGUUUCAGCUGAAGCUGCGAACAACGAUAAUGGCCGAGCACCUCAUUCUGGUUGGAGAAAUUAUGAUGAUUUCAAUGAGUUCUUUUGGUCUCUUCACUGCUUCGAUCUCAGUUGGCCCUGGCGCAAGAGUUCCUCCUUUUUCCAGAAGCCUAAACCAAGGACCAAGUAUCUGCUAAAAACAGCCGGAAGUCAGAGGAGAGGCAAAACUUCGUUUGUGGAGCAUCGGACAUUUCUGCACCUUUACCAUAGUUUUCAUCGGUUGUGGAUAUUCCUGGUGAUGAUGUUUCAGGGGCUUGCUGUCAUUGCUUUCAAUGAUGGGCGCUUCAACUCUAGGACUCUCAGGGAAAUUUUGAGUCUGGGUCCAACAUUUGUUGUGAUGAAGUUUUUUGAGAGCGUAUUGGAUGUCCUCAUGAUGUAUGGUGCCUAUUCAACAACACGCCGUGUCGCCGUUUCUCGAAUUCUUCUUCGAUUCGUUUGGUUUAGCUGUGCUUCUGUCUUCAUAUGUUUCCUUUAUGUGAAAGCUUUGCAGGAGCAAGAUACAAGUUCAGUCAUUUUCAAGCUAUAUGUUAUUGUGAUAGGAAUUUAUGCUGGUGUCCAGUUUUUCCUGAGUUUCCUAAUGCGCAUACCAGCCUGUCAUCUCCUGACUAAUCAAUGUGAUCAGUGGUCACUCGUUCGUUUUGUAAAAUGGAUGCGACAGGAACGGUACUAUGUUGGCCGUGGAAUGUAUGAAAGGACUAGCGAUUUCAUCAAGUAUACGGUUUUCUGGCUUGUCAUUCUGAGUGCAAAAUUUUCAUUUGCUUAUUUCCUUCAGAUAAAACCACUGGUGAAACCAACGAAAGUUAUUGUCAGUAUGACUGAUAAUAUCCAAUACUCUUGGCAUGACCUUGUGUCUAAACAUAAUCAUAAUGCCUUGACAGUUGUUACCCUCUGGGCACCUGUAGUUGCUAUCUAUCUUUUAGAUAUCCAUGUGUUUUACACUCUUAUCUCUGCUGUUUGGGGGUUUUUGCUUGGAGCUAGAGACCGACUUGGAGAAAUUCGAUCAAUUGAAUCUGUCCAUAAACUUUUCGAGGAGUUCCCCGCAGCCUUUAUGAGGACUCUGCAUUAUAACAGGACGGCUGGGAACAUUUCUAUACAGGCUAUUGAGAAGAGAAAGACUGAUGCAGCUCGAUUUUCCCCAUUUUGGAAUGAGAUAAUAAGGAAUCUGAGGGAAGAGGAUUAUAUUGCAAAUUUCGAAAUGGAGUUGCUUGAAAUGCCUAGAAAUUCCGGAGAUCUUACACUGGUUCAAUGGCCGCUUUUUCUUCUUGCCAACAAGAUAUUUUUGGCUAAGGAUAUUGCUGCGGAGAGUAGGGAUUCACAAGAUGAGUUGUGGGAGAGGGUUUCAAAAGAUGACUAUAUGAAAUAUGCUGUUGAGGAGUGCUAUAAUGCUCUUAGAUAUAUUCUGACUGAAAUAUUACAAGGUGAAGGAAGGAUGUGGGCUGAAAGAGUGUAUCAGGACAUUCAAGCAAGUAUACAGAACAGGAGUAUUCACAUUGACUUCCAGUUGAAUAAGUUGGCACUUGUUAUUCAAAGAGUGACUGCUCUAAUGGGAAUUUUGAAAGAGGCAGGAACGCCAGAAAUGGAAAAAGGUGCAAUUAAGGCUGUUCAAGAUCUUUAUGAUGUUAUUCAGCAUGAUGUCCUUUCUAUUGACAAAAGGGAGCAUUAUGACACAUGGAAUUUGCUGUCAAAGGCAAGAACUGAAGGCCGGUUGUUUACAAACUUGAAGUGGCCUAGCGAUCCAGAGUUGAGAACACAAAUCAAGAGGUUACAUUCUCUCUUAACCAUCAAAGAUUCUGCCGCCAAUGUUCCUACCAAUUUUGAAGCCAGGCGUAGGCUGGAGUUCUUCACAAAUUCACUUUUUAUGGAUAUGCCUGCAGCAAAGCCAGUGCGAGAGAUGAUGUCCUUCAGUGUGUUUACUCCAUACUAUUCAGAGAUUGUUCUUUACAGCAUGUCUGAGCUUCUUAAGAAGAACGAGGAUGGAAUAUCAACCUUGUUUUACCUUCAGAAAAUAUACCCAGAUGAGUGGAAGAAUUUUCUUGCUCGAAUCGGUCGUGAUGAAAAUUCUACCGAUACAGAACUGUUUGACAGUCCUGCUGACAUCCUUGAGCUUCGUUUUUGGGCUUCAUAUAGGGGUCAAACACUAGCUAGAACAGUGCGGGGCAUGAUGUACUACAGGAAGGCUAUUAUGCUUCAAAGUUACUUAGAGAGAGGGACUGCUGAAGAUGAGGAAGCUGCUGUUGGUACAAAAGAUGCGACCAAUACCCAAGGUUUUGAGUUAUCUCCUGAGGCCAGAGCACAGGCAGAUCUAAAGUUUACGUACGUGGUGACUUGCCAAAUAUAUGGGAAACAAAAGGAAGAACAGAAGCCUGAGGCUACUGAUAUUGCACUGCUUAUGCAAAGAAAUGAAGCUCUUCGUGUCGCUUUUAUCGAUGAAGUUGAAACAUUGAAAGAGGGAAGAGUGCAGAGAGAAUUUUUCUCCAAGCUUGUCAAAGCUGAUAUUAACGGGAAAGAUAAGGAAAUAUACUCGAUAAAGUUACCAGGAAAUCCAAAAAUUGGAGAGGGAAAACCUGAGAAUCAAAACCAUGCUAUUGUUUUUACACGUGGAAGUGCAGUUCAGACGAUCGAUAUGAAUCAGGAUAAUUAUUUCGAGGAAGCCUUGAAGAUGAGAAAUCUCCUUGAGGAAUUCCAUCAUGAUCAUGGUAUCCGCCCUCCAACUAUCCUUGGUGUCAGGGAACAUGUAUUUACUGGAAGUGUAUCUUCUCUAGCCUCAUUUAUGUCAAAUCAAGAAACGAGCUUUGUAACUCUUGGCCAGCGAGUUCUAUCGAACCCCUUAAAGGUCCGGAUGCAUUAUGGUCAUCCAGAUGUCUUUGACAGAGUUUUUCACAUCACGCGUGGUGGUAUAAGCAAGGCUUCCCGUGUCAUCAACAUCAGUGAAGAUAUAUUUGCAGGUUUCAAUUCAACCUUGCGCCAAGGAAACAUUACUCACCAUGAGUACAUACAGGUUGGAAAAGGAAGAGAUGUCGGCCUCAAUCAGAUUGCUUUAUUCGAGGGGAAAGUUGCCGGUGGCAACGGUGAGCAGGUUCUUAGCCGGGAUGUUUUCAGGCUCGGUCAGCUCUUUGAUUUCUUUCGAAUGAUGUCAUUCUACUUCACCACAGUGGGUUAUUACUUCUGUACAAUGUUAACUGUGCUGACAGUGUACGUUUUCCUAUACGGGAAGGCAUAUCUGGCACUAUCUGGAGUUGGUGAAACUAUCCAAGAGAGAGCCCAAAUAUUGCAGAACACUGCCCUGAGCGCCGCUCUAAAUACGCAGUUUCUCUUUCAGAUCGGUAUUUUUACUGCUGUGCCAAUGAUCUUGGGAUUCAUCUUGGAACAGGGUUUCCUAAAGGCAAUUGUCAGUUUCGUCACUAUGCAACUGCAGCUUUGUUCUGUCUUCUUUACAUUCUCUUUGGGCACCAAGACACAUUAUUUUGGACGAACUAUUCUUCAUGGUGGUGCAAGGUACCAAGCUACUGGGAGGGGGUUUGUUGUCCGCCAUAUAAGAUUCUGUGAAAACUACCGCCUUUAUUCCCGGAGUCAUUUUGUCAAGGGGCUAGAGGUUGUGGUUUUGCUGAUAGUGUACCUUGCGUAUGGCUAUAAUGAAGGUGGAACACUUUCAUACAUUCUCCUUACAGUUAGCAGCUGGUUUAUGGCCCUCUCCUGGCUUUAUGCCCCCUACCUGUUCAAUCCAUCUGGAUUUGAGUGGCAAAAAACAGUAGAGGACUUUAGGGAUUGGACCAAUUGGCUGCUUUAUAGAGGUGGAAUUGGUGUAAAGGGUGAAGAAAGCUGGGAAGCUUGGUGGGAGGAAGAACUGGCACAUAUCAGGACUUUCAGUGGGAGGAUCAUGGAGACUAUUUUGAGUCUCAGAUUUUUCAUAUUCCAGUAUGGCAUCGUGUAUAAGCUCGAUGCUCAAGGAAAUAAUACCUCAUUGACAGUAUACGGUUUAUCAUGGGUUGUCUUAGCGGUGCUUAUAAUUCUCUUCAAGGUGUUCACUUUCAGUCAGAAAAUAUCUGUCAACUUCCAGCUACUGCUGCGGUUUGUACAAGGUGUCGCCUUCUUGAUGGCAAUAGCUGGUUUAGCGGUUGCAGUUGUGUUCACCAAUCUGUCAGUGCCAGACAUAUUUGCUGGCAUACUAGCUUUCAUUCCUACUGGAUGGGGAAUUUUAUCGAUUGCUGCGGCUUGGAAGCCUUUGAUGAAGAAGCUUGGGCUGUGGAAGUCAAUCCGUUCAAUUGCCCGUUUGUACGAUGCAGGCAUGGGAAUGAUCAUCUUCAUACCAAUCGCAUUGUUCUCGUGGUUCCCAUUCGUGUCAACAUUCCAAACCCGUCUCAUGUUCAAUCAAGCAUUCAGCAGAGGCUUGGAGAUCUCUCUUAUCCUUGCUGGGAACAACCCCAAUACAAGCUUAUGA